UAAUUUCCGUGAUUUUUGUUUUUCAUGUUAUUUUUAAGAAUGUAGUAUGUGUAUCUAUAUCAGAUCGCGCAAUGGUAGAUAAUACCGCCUGAGUGAAAUGUAUUUAAACCAGAUGAAGCGGUCGUGGUUGAACUUUCUGCAGCGGCACGGUGCCUCGCCCCCGCCUCCUGAGCCUCCCCGCCCGCCCUCCCGCCGACCCUGCCCAUGAACCGGCCUAAGCCAUCCACAGUAUGUUCGCAGGCUCGGCUUGUGUGCGAGGAAACAUGAGCAGGGUGACAUAUUCAGAGUCCCGGGCGGAGCGGCGCAGGUCGCCGGAUAAAUCUGCAGAGGAGCCGGAGCUCCGCGAGUUUGGGCACAAGACCUGCAGAGAGAAACAUGUGAGUGGGGAAUGGGCCAGAGGAGACGGGAUUAUUGCUCGACAGCGCGGACUGACCCAGGAAGAGCUCGGGACAGGAGAGACACUUGCGCACUGUGACACGCCCGAGGGGAUAUUUUCAUUUUUGCGCAACUCGGGGACUAUCUGGCCCAAGAUGAACGCCAUCGUGUUUAACAAGCUGAGCGGGCAGGUUCUGUUUGAGGAGAAGGCCAACGAGGUGGAGAGGAGCAGCAGAAAUUACUUGGAGGUCAUGGAUGGACAGCAGCAGGCCAUGAUGGACAACCAGGCCAUCAGACACAGACGCAACGGGGGCCGUCCCGGCGGCAGCAAAGUGCGACACAAGCGUCAGGCCCUGCAGGACAUGGCGCGACCGCUCAAGCAGUGGCUGUACAAGCACCGAGACAACCCCUACCCCACCAAGACGGAGAAGAUCCUGCUGGCUUUGGGUUCCCAGAUGACCCUGGUCCAGGUCUCCAAUUGGUUCGCCAAUGCCAGGAGGCGGCUGAAGAACACGGUGAGGCAGCCCGACCUCAGCUGGGCACUCAGGAUCAAGCUUUACAACAAGUACGUUCAAGGCAACGCGGAGAGACUGAGCGUCAGCAGCGAUGACAGCUGCUCAGAAGAUGGAGACAACCCUCAGAGGACCCAGAGUGGCGCCGUGGAGCUCACCAAGCCCAUGUACCAGAGUGUCAUUAAAAAAGAAGGUUCUGCCAUGAUGGGCAUGGCCAUGGGGAUGGGAGCGGGCCUGCGCUCGGCCACCGAAGCCGCCUCGCUGGCGGACGACUACGUGUCCCCGCCCAAAUACAAGAGCAGCCUGUUGCACCGCUAUCUCAACGACUCGCUGCGCCACGUCAUGGUGGCCAACGCCGUCAUGGACGCUCGCAAGAGGAACCACUCGGGCUCCUUCAGCUCCAACGAGUAUGACGAUGAGCUCCUCUCGCCGACCUCUUCGGAGGCCGAGGCGAACUUUGUUUAUCGCGCUGAGACCACAGUCCAUGGAUCGAGUAAAUAUGACAACGGUGGCGUCAGGGCUGAACACAAAGAGAAGGUCAAGGGCAAAGAUGAGACGUACUGGAAGGAGAUCAACGCCGCCAUGGCCUUGACCAACUUGGCUCAGGGGAAGGACGGUGCCCCCGGGACCACCAGCUGCAUCAUCCAAAAGUCUUCCCAUAUAGCAGAGAUCAAGACUGUAAAAGUGCCACUUGUGCGCAAUUAUUAGCUCCAAGAUGAGCCUCCUUACUCUAUGCAAAUGUUCCUGUUUCGGCAAACUAUUCAUAUGAGAACUCCUUGAGAGGACAAAGAAACAAUUUUAUUGUACAAAAGUCUGUGCUGACAUGCAAAAGUCGUACUGCAGUAUUUCCUGUAACAAGACACUUUUUAAUAUUAACUUAUUUUUUUGGAUGACUCCCCCCCUUCCCAUUUUUUUUUUUUUUUUUUUACACGAAAUGUGUAUUUUGCCAAAGUGACUUUUGCUCUUGUAAAGUACAGAUACUCGUAGUGCCUGUUUGGAAUUUGCGAAGGAUUAUUUGACCAAUGUUUAGAGUCACUGUCGCGAUACAGGAAAUGGAAGUGUGCCUUCAAAGACCGCAUGAGGUCAUCAAUCAUUACACAAACACGGAAACAUGCAUACAGACCAACACAUAUCACGCAUUAAGGCUUUGUUAUAAAAUAACCAGAAGUAAUUCCUUGAGGGUGUUCUAUGUAUUUUGACUGGAGUUCUCCAUCUGACUGUAAACUGAACCAUGUUUUGUCGGUGCCGGCUGCCCGACAAGGAAAGCCGGCUGCGCGGAUGCGUGGCGCUAACGUGAGCGACGCAUCGAUAAGGAACUAAGGGACGCAUCUCAUCCUUGGAUCGUGUUUUUAUUAGUGACGACGCUCCCUCUUAUCGGAACAAAACGUGCAAAUGCUGGACCCAAAUCAAGUUACGCUCGCAAAUAUGCACACCCUACAAACUUGACCCCUGAUUAGAAAGAGAUGCCUUUUUUUUAUUAUUAUUAUUCCUUAUCUGUGUUUUAAGUGGACACCGUUGCCUUUUCACAUAUUUUGUGCUCACAAAAAAGAUAUGUGGGUUGAAAAAAAAAAACACGACAACUCCCGUGGCCCUGCUUCAUCCUCAGCUGUUUAGCAUUAAAUUCAAAUUGGUGUUUACAAGAAGCCGGAGGACAAGCUGAAACAUUUGACUUUUUACCCUUUGUCUUUCUUUUUUUUUUGUGUUUAUUUGUCUUUACAUAUGUGCAUUGCAGUAGUAUCCCAGUUUAAAUAUUUUGUUAUUGCUAAUCUGUACAUUUGUGGUUCUCCUAGUAUGUUUUUGAUCAGGCUUCUGUACUGUGUUUUACGUGAGCCUACCACAUUUAAAGCUUCUCUGACAUUUGACGGAAAGUACCAAAAUGCUCACAAACGUUUGACAAACUGGAAAAGCUAAAGCUGACUCAUUUUUGUUUCACGUGUUUCCUUUUAAAGAUCUUCAAGGUACUGUUUAUGUGUCAUUAGGAGCAUUUGGGCCACAAUGAAAAGAAAAAUAAAAUACUUGAGAAAAACGACAUAGUUUGGGGGGAAAUUUUCAUCUGAUGACAUCUUUUCGUAUAUUUUAAUAUAUUGUGUUUGUGUUGUUUGAAAAAAACACGUCUUCAUUCAGAUAGUCUGAGAGCAGCAGCCUCUAUUUAUCUUGAGAGACCUGCCACACAUUAUCAGGAACACAAACAUUUGCACAUUCCCACUACUUGUAAUGAUGACGGUGUUAAUUUCAUCCAUUCAUCUUUAGCGGACUUUUUUUUUUCUACCACUCAUCCUCAUCGGGGUCGUGGGUGAGGUGGAAAUGAUCCCAGCCGACUUUGGGGAAGAGGCAAAAACCCUCCCUUGGCCGCCGGCCAAUGGCAGGUGUUGAUUUCAUUGUUUAUGGAAUUGAAAACUUAAAAAGAUCCUCAGUUGUGGUAAACACAAGCCUUGAUUGUCAUCUGAUGUCAUGUCUUUUUGCGCUCCAAAUGGAAGUCCGCUCUUGUAAAAUUUUGAUUUUAUUCUUGUAAUAUAGAUAUUUUCUUUUCAGUGUGGCCUCAAUACUCCAUCGUUUCCAAAUGUACAUUCCUCUGUCAAUUGUGCAGUUAUAUUUUCUUGUUGUUGUUGUUGUUGUUGACAACCCAGACUGUGAUUAUGGUCAAGGAUUUAAGGGAGGGAGUGACGCUGCACAAAGUAACUUUUUGACCUUUCUAUAUGAAGAGUUUGUUUUCAAAACGAGACAUAGGCAUUUUUUUCAGAUUUACGAAACUCGCGCCAAAAUUAUCCAGCUCCGAAUGGAGUUUUGUAAAUCUGAAAAAAAUGCCUAUGUCUCGUUUUGAAAACAAACUCUUCAUAUGAAUGUGCAAAUGCACUUAUGGACGCAUUGUCAUUUAACCAGAAGUCUUCAUUGCCUUUUUACAUGAAGUCAAAGAAAUCAACCCUGUGCUUUUCAUCUUUAAGCUUAUGGAUGUAUAAAGAAAUGAAUCACACGAGCUAAACCCCUGAGGCACUAUUUACACAGCGGGGACCACAUGUGUUUUUUUAUACACCUGACCCAGACAGGGUAGCUUCAGGGUAGCAGUUUGGGCUGCUCCUUGUGUUUCUAAUCACAACCCUCACACCUCACACAAUUCCCACUCGCUAGGUGGACGUUGUACAGGGAGGAGGCCUCUUUUCCAGUUUUUACCUUCUUGUUGUCGUCGUGGUUCAAUACCACCCUCGGUCCAUCUUGGAAAGCGACACAAACAGAAGGGUUUCUGCUGCCAAAAAUUGGUGCUGUGCAUGCCUUUCUGUGUGCUGAAUCCCAAGACAAAUGAAAGGCAGCAACAGAUGUAAAGCCUGUAAAUUAUUAUUUCAGACUGUGUAAAAAAAAAAAAAAGAAAUUGUGACCAAUGUUUUUUUUUUUACUGUUAAGU